AUGGCGGUCAUGGCACCAGAUAGAGGGUCUGUAACUCGGGCGGUGCGAGAAGUGCUCCUGGCAUCAGGCGCAACACUGGCUGGAUAUGUCCUCAUUCGCUAUCUUCUCAAACAGAUCAAUUCAGACCCUGACCAGGAGCGCGCACGUCUAGAGUCAGCAGCAAUUUUGAAGCGACUGGACGGCCCGCCAUCGUACGAAGCCGCCGAACCUGAUCCGUAUGCUCGACCCCAAAGGGAGGAGCUGAAGUUGAACCAGUACGAGCAGGUCAUCCUUCAAGAUUUGGUCUUCCCAGAAGACAUACCAGUGGGGUUCGACGACAUUGGAGGAUUAUCAAACAUAAUAGAAGAGCUGAAAGAAUCGGUCAUCUACCCUCUCACCAUGCCCGAACUCUACACGCAUUCCUCCUCAUUACUUGCGGCGCCGUCCGGGGUAUUACUGUACGGUCCACCAGGAUGCGGGAAGACGAUGAUUUGCAAAGCACUGGCGCACGAAUCCGGCGCAUGUUUCAUCAACCUGCACAUCUCCACCUUAACGGAAAAAUGGUUCGGCGAUUCUAACAAACUGGUCAAUGCAGUCUUCUCGUUAGCACGGAAGCUCCAACCAGCAAUCAUCUUCAUCGACGAGAUAGACGCAGUCCUGGGUACAAGACAUAGCGGCGAGCACGAAGCAAGCGGUAUGGUAAAAGCAGAAUUCAUGACAUGGUGGGAUGGUCUCAAGUCAGCAGACGGGUCUGGACAGGCACAGCGAAUACUAGUGCUAGGAGCAACCAACAGAAUCAAUGACAUUGACGACGCGAUAUUAAGACGAAUGCCUAAAAAAUUUCCGAUACACCUCCCCAAUGCCUCGCAAAGGUUAAAAAUACUCAAAUUGAUGCUGAAGGAUACCAAGGUGGAUCAUGCGAACUUGGAUCUGCCAUACGUUGCCAGGGUCAUGGAUGGUAUGUCCGGCAGCGAUAUCAAAGAGUCAUGCAGGGACGCGGCGAUGGUACCCGUACGAGAGAUGAUACGCGAACAGAGAAGUAAUGGCAGGCGUAUGAACGAAGUUCGUGCUAAAGAGGUGCGCGGCUUGAAGACUGACGAUUUCUUCGCAAACCCCAAGAAAACUCCUGCGACUGUUACAGCCGCAGAAGAGAAAGAAGAAUGGAGCACAGCAUCGUCGUCCCCUGCUCCCGAGAAUGAGAGGUUGGACUAG